AUCGGGUAGACUUCCGAUAACCCGUUUUUCUCUGGGAAUUGUAGUCAGUAAGCGCCUGCUGUGCCUCUGCUCGAGUGGUCUGCGAACUACACUUCCCGGCGGGCUGUGAGAUGCCUUGGCCGUAGUUGGUAAGGAGCCGGAUGAUUGCCUCAGCAGGUGUGAAGCGUGUGCUUUAGUUUCGUGGGGGGCCUGGCAUCCUCGAGAGGGAGGGGAAAGGUUGUAACCACUCCUUUGUGGAGGUCGCCAGGGUCAUUGUCGUGGAUUUGUACGGUCGGCUGGGCGGUGCAAUGGCGGAAAGAAAAGGAACAGCCAAAGUGGACUUUUUGAAGAAGAUUGAGAAAGAAAUCCAACAGAAAUGGGAUACUGAGAGAGUGUUUGAGGUGAAUGCAUCUAAUUUAGAGAAACAGACCAGCAAGGGCAAGUAUUUUGUAACCUUCCCAUAUCCGUAUAUGAAUGGACGCCUUCAUUUGGGACACACGUUUUCUUUAUCCAAAUGUGAGUUUGCUGUAGGGUACCAGCGAUUGAAAGGAAAAUGUUGUCUGUUUCCCUUUGGCCUGCACUGUACUGGAAUGCCUAUUAAGGCAUGUGCUGAUAAGUUGAAAAGAGAAAUAGAGCUGUAUGGUUGCCCCCCGGAUUUUCCAGAUGAAGAAGAGGAAGAGGAAGAAACAAAUGUUAAAACAGAAGAUAUAAUAAUUAAGGAUAAAGCUAAAGGAAAAAAGAGUAAAGCUGCUGCUAAAGCUGGAUCUUCUAAAUACCAGUGGGGCAUUAUGAAAUCCCUUGGUCUGUCUGAUACAGAGAUAGUAAAUUUUUCUGAAGCAGAACAUUGGCUUGACUAUUUCCCGCCACUGGCUAUUCAGGAUUUAAAGAGAAUGGGUUUGAAGGUAGACUGGCGUCGUUCCUUCAUCACCACUGAUGUUAAUCCUUACUAUGAUUCAUUUGUCAGAUGGCAAUUUUUAACAUUAAGAGAAAGAAACAAAAUUAAAUUUGGGAAGCGGUAUACCAUUUAUUCUCCAAAAGAUGGACAGCCUUGCAUGGAUCAUGAUAGACAAACUGGAGAGGGUGUUGGACCUCAGGAAUAUACUUUACUCAAAUUGAAGGUGCUUGAGCCAUACACAUCUAAAUUAAGUGGCCUGAAAGGUAAAAAUAUUUUCUUGGUGGCUGCUACUCUCAGACCUGAGACCAUGUUUGGGCAGACAAAUUGUUGGGUUCGUCCUGAUAUGAAGUACAUUGGAUUUGAGACGGUGAAUGGUGAUAUAUUCAUCUGUACCCAAAGAGCAGCCAGGAAUAUGUCAUACCAGGGCUUUACCAAAGACAAUGGCGUGGUGCCUGUUGUUAAGGAAUUAAUGGGGGAGGAAAUUCUUGGUGCAUCACUUUCUGCACCUUUAACAUCGUACAAGGUGAUCUAUGUUCUCCCAAUGCUGACUAUUAAGGAAGAUAAAGGCACUGGUGUGGUUACAAGUGUUCCUUCCGACUCCCCUGAUGAUAUUGCUGCCCUCAGAGACUUGAAGAAAAAGCAAGCCUUACGAGCAAAGUAUGGAAUUAGAGAUGACAUGGUCUUGCCAUUUGAGCCGGUGCCAGUCAUUGAAAUCCCAGGUUUUGGAAAUCUUUCUGCAGUAACCAUUUGUGAUGAGUUGAAAAUUCAGAGCCAGAAUGACCGAGAAAAACUUGCAGAAGCAAAGGAGAAGUUAUAUCUAAAAGGAUUUUAUGAGGGUGGAGACGCACUUAUUUACAUGGAACCAGAGAAACAAGUGAUGUCCAGGUCGUCAGAUGAAUGUGUCGUGGCUCUGUGUGACCAGUGGUACUUGGAUUAUGGAGAAGAGAAUUGGAAGAAACAGACAUCUCAGUGCUUGAAGAACCUGGAAACAUUCUGUGAGGAGACCAGGAGGAAUUUUGAAGCCACCUUAGAUUGGCUACAAGAACAUGCUUGCUCAAGAACUUAUGGUCUAGGCACUCACCUGCCUUGGGAUGAGCAGUGGCUGAUUGAAUCACUUUCUGACUCCACUAUUUACAUGGCAUUUUACACAGUCGCACACCUAUUGCAGGGGGGUAACUUGCAUGGACAGGCAGAGUCUCCGCUGGGCAUUAGACCACAACAGAUGACCAAGGAAGUUUGGGAUUAUGUUUUCUUCAAGGAGGCUCCAUUUCCUAAGACUCAGAUCCCAAAGGAAAAAUUAGAUCAGUUAAAGCAGGAGUUUGAGUUCUGGUAUCCUGUUGAUCUUCGUGUCUCUGGCAAGGAUCUUGUUCCAAAUCAUCUUUCAUAUUACCUGUAUAAUCACGUGGCUAUGUGGCCGGAACAAAGUGACAAAUGGCCUACAGCUGUGAGAGCAAAUGGACAUCUCCUCCUGAAUUCUGAGAAGAUGUCAAAAUCCACAGGCAACUUCCUCACUUUGACCCAAGCUAUUGAUAAGUUUUCAGCAGAUGGAAUGCGUUUGGCUCUGGCUGAUGCUGGUGACACUGUAGAAGAUGCCAACUUUGUGGAAGCCAUGGCAGAUGCAGGUAUUCUCCGUCUGUACACCUGGGUAGAAUGGGUGAAAGAAAUGGUUGCCAACUGGGACAGCCUAAGAAGUGGUCCUGCCAACACUUUCAAUGAUAGAGUUUUUGCCAGUGAAUUGAAUGCAGGAAUUAUAAAAACAGAUCAAAACUAUGAAAAGAUGAUGUUUAAAGAAGCUUUGAAAACAGGGUUUUUUGAGUUUCAGGCCACAAAAGAUAAGUACCGUGAAUUGGCUGUGGAAGGGAUGCACAGAGAACUUGUGUUCCGGUUUAUUGAAGUUCAGACACUUCUCCUCGCUCCAUUCUGUCCACAUUUGUGUGAGCACAUCUGGACGCUCCUGGGAAAGCCUGACUCAAUUAUGAAUGCUUCAUGGCCUGUGGCAGGUCCUGUGGAUGAAGUUUUAAUACACUCCUCACAGUAUCUCAUGGAAGUAACACAUGACCUUAGACUACGACUCAAGAACUAUAUGAUGCCAGCUAAAGGGAAGAAGACUGACAAACAACCCCUACAGAAGCCCUCACAUUGCACCAUCUAUGUGGCAAAGAACUAUCCACCUUGGCAACAUACCACCCUGUCUGUUCUACGUAAACACUUUGAGGCCAAUAACGGAAAACUGCCUGACAACAAAGUCAUUGCUAGUGAACUAGGCAGUAUGCCAGAACUGAAGAAAUACAUGAAGAAAGUCAUGCCAUUUGUUGCCAUGAUUAAGGAAAAUCUGGAGAAGAUGGGGCCUCGUAUACUGGAUUUGCAAUUAGAAUUUGAUGAAAAGGCUGUGCUUAUGGAGAAUAUAGUCUACCUGACUAAUUCCCUUGAGCUAGAACACAUAGAAGUCAAGUUUGCCUCCGAAGCAGAAGAUAAAAUCAGGGAAGACUGCUGUCCUGGGAAACCACUUAAUGUUUUUAGAAUAGAACCUGGUGUGUCCGUUUCUCUAGUGAAUCCCCAGCCAUCUAAUGGCCACUUCUCAACCAAAAUUGAAAUCAGGCAAGGAGAUAACUGUGAUUCCAUAGUCAGGCGUUUAAUGAAAAUGAACCGAGGAAUUAAAGACCUUUCCAAAGUGAAACUGAUGAGAUUUGAUGAUCCACUGUUGGGGCCUCGACGAGUUCCUGUCCUGGGAAAAGAGCACACCGAGAAGACCCCCAUUUCUGAGCAUGCUGUUUUCAAUGUGGACCUCAUGAGCAAGAAAAUUCAUCUGACUGAGAAUGGGAUAAGGGUGGAUAUUGGCGAUACAAUAAUCUAUCUGGUUCAUUAAACUCAUGCACAUUGGAGAUUUAUCCUGGUUUCUUAGGAAUACUACUACUCUGAUUGUGUCUACUCAUUGGCUGUCAGAACCUUAGGCUGGACCUAAAUAGAUUGAUUUCAUUUCUAACCAUCCAAUUCUGCAUGUAAUCAUAAUUCUAUCAAGUCAUUUUUGAUUACUGGACCUAAUAAAUUUUGUUUCCUUCUUU